AUGGCAACGCCUACAGUGCCCGCAGCUCAGGCUGCAACGCCGCUCAACCCUUUCGUCUUCGAACUGCCGGAAAAGCUCGACUUUCGGAAACCCGAGGAGUGGAAGCGGUGGUUUACACGAUGGGAAAGGUACCGCGUCAUCUCAGGUUUGAAGAAACAGGACGACGAAACCCAGGUGAACACACUCAUUUACGCGAUGGACCGUGAAGCAGAAGAUGUCCUGGCGUCGCUCAAACUUUCCGACGCUGAGAAACUCAACUACGACGCGGUAACACGAAUGUUCGCGAAACAUUUCGUGCCGCGGACGAACGUGAUAUACGAGCGGGCGAAGUUCAACAGCCGGAAGCAAGAAGCGCAUGAGUCAGUCGACGCGUUCGUAACUGAACUCUACAGACUAGCCGAAACCUGCGAGUACGGAGAUCUGAAAGAAGAAUUGAUCCGCGAUAGGCUCGUGGUCGGUCUCGCUGACACGCAACUAAGCGAGAAGCUGCAACUUAACGCCGAGCUGACUCUUGAAGCCGCCGUCACCGCUGCACGCAACUCAGAAACGAUCAAGCAGCAGCAAAAAGAUCUACGGCCGCAGCAACAGACGCCUGCGGCUAUAGACACCAUGCGUGGAUGCUUGAAGAGCAAAGGAAAGCCAAAUCAGCGCUCUCAAAAAACACAGCGCGAUCAAACGGCGCUGACGUGCAAGUGGUGUGGCUCAACAACGGACCCACCAUCACGCACUAUGUGCCCGGCGUACGGGAAAAUAUGCAGUGCCUGCGGCAAAAAGGGACACUUUGCCGCCGUGUGCUUGUCUGCCUCUCCGAGGAAGAAAAAGAGCACCCACCAAGCCGUUUUGGAAGAGGUUUAUUUGGAUCAAUUGACUGACCAACAGGACUCUGGGCCGUGGAGGACUGACGUUACAGUAAAUGGCUUGCCAAUGAAGUUCAAAGUAGACACCGGUGCAGAUGUUACCGCUAUACCUACAAGCCUCUACAAAGAACAAGUCAUGGGCAACCUGAAGCAGGCCCAGAAACAGCUGCUGGGACCCGGCCGGACCAAAAUCGCAACAGUGGGUGUGUUCAGCGCAACCUUGUGCUGGAAUGGCCGAUUGUGUCAAGAAGUUUACGUGAUCGACAAGUUACACGAUGCACUUCUCGGACGUCCUGCAAUCAAAUCAUUGGAUAUCCUUCCAAGCCUCCUCGAAGUCACAGCGUCAACAAGCAAGGUCAGCGACCCUGCCAACAUUCUCUGCCACUACCCCAACUUGACUACAGGCCUGGGUCUUCUCAAGACGGAAUACAGGAUAAUAUUACUCCCCGAUGCCAAGCCAAGCGCUAUUACGUAUCCGCGGCGAGUACCCUUGCCCAUGCUGCCCAGUGUGAAACGUGAGUUGGAGAGAAUGGAGAACCUUGGCGUCAUCAGAAAGGUCGACGAGGCCACAGAGUGGUGCGCACCUAUGGUAGUCGCGAAAAAGAGAGGAGGUGAGCUUCGAAUCUGCGUCGACUUCGGAGGGUUAAACAAGAACAUUUUGCGGGAACGAGUCGUAAUGCCCACCGUCGACGAAUGUUUGGCCAGACUUGCCGGAGCUACAUGGUUCAGCAAGCUUGGUGCAAGGGCUGGUUAUUGGCAAGCUCCGCUAGCACCAGAGUCCCAGAAGUACACCACUUUUCUGACGCCAUUCGGCCGGUUUCUAUUCCUCCGAUUGCCCUUUGGAAUUUCGACAGCACCCGAGUUUUUCCAGAGAGAAAUGCUAAGAGUUCUAGAAGGCGUUGAAGGCCAAGCGUGUCUACAAGACGACAUUAUAGUGUUUGGCCCUUCAAGGGAAGAACAUGACGCACGGCUGCACGAAGUACUGCAGCACCUGCAAGAAGCUGGCAUCACCUUGAACGCAGAAAAAUGCGUACUACACCAGCAGUCAGUGAGAUUCCUGGGACACAUUGUGUCUGCGAAUGGUAUCAGUGCCGACCCUGAAAAGGUCAGCGCACUAUGUCACCUAGCAGAGCUUACAGAUGUAACAGAAGUGAGGUCCUUCUUGGGAAUGGCAAACCACUUGGCCAAGUUUCUCCCAGGGCUCUCGCAGCUCACAAAACCGUUACGUGACCUGCUUCACAGCGACGCUGAAUGGUGCUGGGACAAGCCACAGCAAGAAAAGCUUCAACGCCGUCAAGAAAGCAUUGACGACGACUCCAGUGCUUACUCACUACGACCCUUGUAG